AUGGAUAAUAUCACUAUUUUUAACAAUGAAAUAAUGGAAAAAAAUUUAUCAGAAAUGGAAGUAAUAAAACUUCUAAGCAAGUUACUUGUUAAAACAAUAUUAAAAAUUGGAAAAGUUGAAUCAAAUAAAUCAACAAAAGAAAAGUCUCAUAUCAUAAUUCUAGAAAAGGCUUCAAUAAUGAGAGAAGAAUUAAGAAAAGAGGUUUUAUUUUGCGUUCUAAAAUUCAACAAAAUAUUAAUUAAUUAG